GAGAGAGAGAGUAGAGAGUAGAGAGUAGAGAGUAGAGAGUAGAGAGUAGAGAGUAGUGAGAGAGGGGAUGGGUAUGGCUGACGCUUCCCGUGACCGCUGCUACUUCACGCCUCUGCUCAGACUUUAUGAGCCUUGAAAACAAGAAAGCCUCCAAGCAUUUGGUUCUUCUCUCCUUUCUUUUUCUCCUUUGAAAAUGGCAAAUGAAGCUAAAAAGGAAGCUUUUAGAAAAUAUCUGGAAUCAAGUGGAGUAUUAGAUGCUCUUACCAAAGUUCUUGUUGCCCUUUAUGAAGAGAAUGAAAAGCCAUCGGUUGCAAUUGAGUUCAUCCAACGCAGUUUAGGGGGUCCAUCAGUUUCAGAAUAUGAAAAGCUACAAGCAGAGAAAGCAGAUUUGCAGUUGAAAUAUGAUGAGCUUUUGGCAAUACACCAGGAUAAGUGCAAGGAGAUCAAAAUUGAGAACAUAUGGGAUGCAAGACCAGGAACCCAUGGUCAUAUAGUGCUGGUGGCCUUAAAGAUGAUAGAUUGUGUUAUAAAAAUUUUACUGGACAAAACCUGAUCAGUAUUGGGAUGUUCUUUGCUUAGCGAAAAAAGAAACCUAGCAAUGUGCAUUUGGCACUUGAACAUUUUCAGAGAUAUAGAAUAUCCGAAAGUAAGUCAUGUAUGCCCUGAGCCAAGUGUUUUAUGUUAUGGGCUAUCCUAUUGGAAUUGGGCACAACGGAGUUGGUCAAGUGGAAAUUUCUUACCCAUUUUAACUGCCCACCCCAAUCUCAUCUCUUGUGCUUUAAUCCUAUGAAUAAAACAGAAACUUACAACAAAAAAGAAACCUAGCAAUGUGCGUUUGGCACUUGUUUGUUUUUUAACCAUGUAAGCUUUAUUCGAAUAUUCUGUGCCUCUUUUAAUCUCGACUGGAGCAUCAUCCAGAGAAAUUCUUCUAUUUGGUUACAUUUGUGGAAUUGGACAUGGUGUUUGCCUC